GAGAUUCCUCGGGAUGAAAGGAAGAGGCAGUAUUCUGCCCUGAGACGAGCCAUCCUCAAGAGCGCCAACCCGGCCCUCUCCGCCAAGUUUUCAUUGUGUGAUGAUGAGUCGAGAUUCGGGAUGCUGAAAUCGUUCUUGGUGAAUCAAGGGGUGGCCGCCAUAGAAGUGGAGGAAAAAUACUCAAGAUGGGUGACCGAGCUGCGGACUGACUGCUACGUGACCGUCACGAUUUUCCAAUUGGAGAAGAUCUAUGGGAGAAGCGCUGACGCGAAGGCUUUUAUUGAAGCCCUCAUAAAGGGACGCUGGGCUGCAAUACUGCCAACUUCGCGGGCCUGUGCAUGGAUUCUAUAG